AUGUCAAGUGCCAGGAAUCUCUCAGCUGUCCUCCGACGGGCUCGAGUGCCCAGGCCGCGCGCAUCGAUACGACCGAUUUUCAACCUGGGCGUCCCGACCGUGAAUGCCGCUCGCGCCUUCAGUGUUACCUCCACCGUCAACGCGACCAAGGAAGUCAAAUACACCACCGACGCUUAUCCCGAUCUCAAGCGAAACACCAAUUUCGCCGAACUUACUGCUGACGAUGUGACGUUUUUCAAGGAUCUCCUGGGCGCUCAGUCCGCGGUUAUCGAUGGGGUAUCGACCGAUGCUGCCGACGAUAUCGAACCCUUCAACGGCGAUUGGAUGCGCAAGUACCGCGGCCAUACGACGCUGGUCCUAAAGCCACAGACCACGGAAGAGGUUAGCAAGGUACUUAAAUACUGUAAUGAGAGGAAGCUGGCCGUCGUUCCACAGGGAGGUAAUACCGGGUUGGUGGGAGGCUCUGUGCCUGUUUUCGAUGAGAUUGUUAUCAACACCUCUCGAAUGAACAAAAUUCGCUCCUUCGACGAUGCCUCGGGCGUCCUGGUUGCUGACGCGGGCGUGAUCCUCGAGGUGGCCGACCAAUACUUGGCGCAGCGUAACCAUUUGUUCCCCUUGGAUUUGGGCGCCAAAGGCUCAUGCCAUAUUGGAGGAAAUGUUGCCACGAAUGCCGGAGGGUUGCGUCUGCUCCGCUAUGGAAGUCUCCAUGGUACUGUACUUGGUCUUGAGGCUGUGCUGCCGGACGGGACAGUUGUGGACUCUCUCUCGACGUUGCGGAAGAACAAUACCGGUUACGACUUGAAGCAGCUCUUCAUUGGUGCUGAGGGUACGAUUGGUAUCAUCACGGCAGUCUCUAUCCUGUGCCCGCCUCGUCCGAAGGCUGUCAAUGUUGCUUAUUUUGGCCUGGAGAGCUAUGAUAAGGUGCGCCAGGCUUUCAAGGAGGCAAAGGGCCAACUCUCUGAGAUUCUCUCUGCCUUCGAAUUGAUGGACGGUCGCACUCAGAAGCUGGUGCAUGAGACCACUGGUAACAAGUAUCCCCUGGAAGAGGAGUACCCAUUCUACUGUGUGGUGGAGACCAGCGGGUCGAAUGCCGAGCACGACAUGGCCAAAUUGGAGUCGUUCCUGGAACACAUCAUGGGCGAGGGGAUCGUUGCCGAUGGUGUUUUGGCUCAGGAUGAGACCCAGUUCCAGUCUAUCUGGCGUUGGCGUGAAGGUAUUACGGAGGCUCUGAGUCACCUGGGCGGUACCUACAAGUACGACGUCUCCAUCCCUCUUCCGGAAUUGUACCAGCUGGUUGAAGAUUGUCGCGAGCGGCUGACAAAAUUUGGAUUUGUCGGUGAUGAUGAGUCCUUCCCUGUUCGUGCCGUUGUUGGGUAUGGUCAUAUGGGCGAUUCGAAUCUCCACUUGAACAUUUCUGUUCGGCAGUACAACAAGGAGGUCGAGAAGGCUAUCGAACCCUGGGUUUAUGAAUGGAUUCAGAAGCGUAACGGUAGCAUUAGUGCAGAGCAUGGACUGGGACUUGCCAAGAAGGAGUUCAUUAGAUACAGCCAAAACGAUAUAAUGGUGAAGCUGAUGAAGCAAUUGAAGAAGUUGUACGACCCGAAUGGUAUCAUGAACCCUUACAAAUAUAUCUGA